AUGCCGCCAAAAGCUCCCAACCUCAAGUUUAAGCCGAAGCUUGUGCUUCGUGAGGAUGACACGACCACGCGUCCUCCUCCUACACAGGCCACCGGAGAUCUAAGCCUGGUGCAGCUCGCUCGCCUGCAAGGUCUCUACAUCGAGGAGCAGGCGCUAUCGUCGUCGGAAGCCGUCGCUGGCUCAGGAGACCGACUGGCGCCGGCCUCGUCUUCCUUUGCGCACGGUGGUGGUGAUGGCGAGGGAGGCGGCGCCGAUGGAUCGUCAUCCGCCCCACGCGGGGGACAGCCACAGCAACGCUGCGCAAAUCUGUCGAACAACGGGGAUGGUGCGCGGGGAAUCGCAGCGUCCUCAUUCUUGCGCCCCAAGGGCCGCAGCCACCAUCUGAGUGCCCACGCUGCCCUCGAGGAGGCUUCACGCAGGCACGUCGACAUCUUCCAGUACCCUGAGACGGCGCCGCCGCUUCCACACAACUCGAUGAACACGAUCGUAGCGCCGAGUGCAUUACGCAAUGAUGAUCCUAUGCACUCAGGGCUGUACGCCCCACUUCCGCUCGACGCUUCUCUGCCGUCGCGACUCGCAGCAGAAGAGCGCGGUGCUCUCUCUGCGCCUCCAGGUGCGGCAAGCGGCACACCGCAGCCGUUGGCUGCGGCACCGAUGGAUGAUGACGGCACUGCUUUCUUGCGCGAGGCGGAGUUGGAGCAGCAACACGCCUACGCAGCAAACAUGCGCUUUUACGAGGACAGUCUGCGACCCAUGCAGGCCAGUGUGCCGUCUGCGACGCCAGCAACUGGUGGGCUGGUGUGGAUGCAGCUUCCCCGCUUUCACGAAAACGCGCCCUUCUCAUUCUUUGAUCUUCCACCAGGCAAGGUAGGUGUGCUGAAGGUGCUGCGUAGCGGCCGUAUGGUGCUGGAGAUUGCGGGCGUGUACUACGACGUCGCGGUGGAGGGGUACGAGGACGCCGGCAACGACGGCGCCUGUGCGAUGGCGGUGGCGACCCAGCCGAGCGCGUACCCGUCGAAUCCGUCGUCGAAGGCGAGCUGCUACGAGCUCGGUCUGCUGCAGAAGAAGCUGAUUUGCACCCCCACUCUUCCGUGA